AUGUCGUCGAACCCGUCAUUAUCCGGGUCGCGGUCAUUGUCGCGGACCCUCUCGCGGGCGCUGCUCACAGCGUCGGCGUCAGAGCUCUCCGAGGCUGGCGUGGGUGGAAGGGCCGAGGCGCCGGCGUUGUCGGAGCGGAGCGACCGCGAGCCUGGCUACAAGCACCUUCCUCCGGACGCACUGCCUCGGGCGGCCCCGCUGGAUCGGCCGUAUGAGCGCCCACUGGUCUCAAUGGUCGACAUGGACACGCGACUGACGCGGUCCAUGGCGACGCUGGUGCCCAUCCAUCCGCCGUCCGACUCGCCGUCGGCGCUCGCCCAUCCGCCGCUCCGCAACGAUCCGGCCGGUGGUGUGCUGCAUCCGCUCCCGCGCGGAGCGCUCAAGGUCAAUCCGGCGCGUGGCGUUCGCAUCCUCGACCGCCCACCCAAGGUCAAGAGCAAGGUCGACCGCAAGCUCCGCGCGCGGGCGGCGUCGGCGGCCUCGUCGUCGCCGCACGCCGCCGCCCUCCACGACCUUGGCGCCGACCGCGAGUCGGCCAACUCGCGACUGCUGGCCUCAAUGCGGGCCCGCGAUCCGCUGCGUGCGCUGGUCAAAACCUCGUCGCUUCUCGACUUUCGCCGCGGCCGCCCGCACCUCGCCCGCGACCAGGCGAGGGCACUCUCGCGCCGCAUGCGCCGGAGGCAUCGCGCCGUCCACGGCAAACAGACCGACGGCGAGAGCUCCGACGAGCUCUCGUCGUCGUCGGUCGGAUCUUCCUCUUCUUCCUCCUCCUUGUCGUCGUCGUCGUCGGCAACCGAGGCGUCAGCUAGCGCAGCGGCGGCGGCCGAGUCGGCAGGCCUCACACUCCACGCCGCCAUUGUCCACAACAUCCUCCAGCAGCUUUCCAAGGACCAGCUGGCGUACGUUCAGCAAGUUUUUGCCGCUGCGCCCGACCAGGAGCUCUCGCGGCUGGAGUUUGUGGCUACACUUGAGGUGGCGCUCAACGCGUCGCCGCACUCGGGCGUCAACACCCUCGCCUCGGAGCAGCUGCACGACGCGGUCGUUGCCGAGCUAUGCGAAGUCUUCAAUCGCAUCGAUAUUGGGUCGCGUGGCGUGGUCUCCUCGACCGAGUUCCUCGACUACGUUCUGCACUCGGGCGAGUCGCACCAGGUCAUCGAGAGCCUCGGCAUCACUGCGUACGCCACCACGCCCGAGUUGGUCAUGCCGGAGCACGACGAGCAAAUCACCCGCAUCCGAGGCUUCUCGGCACUCAACCACCUUGUGACCUGCCACAAGAACGGGCUGGCGUCGGUGUGGAACCCGGCCAACGGCACGCUUGUCCGCCGGCUCCGCGGUCACGAAUCGUCUGUCCUCGACGUCGAUCUCGUCCCGCCGUCCGACGACGUUCAAGUCCACCGGCUCGUCACCUCGUCCGUCGACCGGACCAUCAUCAUGUGGGACGCGACGUCGUACUCAAAGCUCUCGCAGUGGCGAACCGACACGCCGCAGACCGCGCUCGCCUGGGCUGAGCCCAUCCGCAAGCUCUUCUCUGGCGGCACCGACGGCCUCGUCAAGGCCUUUGACCUCAAGACCGCUGUCGACGAGAUGGAGGUCUAUCCCAAAGCCCACACCAAUUGGAUCACCGACCUUGCGUACAUUGCGCCCAUCGCCUCGCUUGUCUCGGCCUCGCUCGACGGCACCGUUGUGGUCUGGGACGUCGAGCGCGCACGCAAGCGCGUUGUCUUCACCGGCCACUCCAAGGCUGUCCACGCCGUGGCCUUUGCCGAAAAGUCCAAGCUCGUUGUCUCGGGUGGCGUCGACCGCGACCUUUUGGUGUGGAACCCGUUCAUGGACUCGGUCCUUCAGCGAAUGUCUGGCCACGACAAGCCGAUCCUCUCCAUUAUCGCCAUCCCUCACUCGCACGAGGUCAUUUCCGCCGACAUGGCCGGCAAGAUCAGGGUCUGGGACAUCCGCCGUUUCCAAUGCCUGCAGACGCUUGGCGGCCGCGGCUCGCCGCACUUUGUCCGCCCUUUUGAGUGUCUCACCUACUCGCCCAAGACGGCGUCCAUCAUCACCGUCGGCCGCCGGUGGCUCAUCUACCCCUCGCUUGGCGAGUCGGUCGACGACUCGGCCGCCAAGUUUCCUAUUUCCACCCUCAUCUACAACUCGGCCUUUGACAACAUCCUUGUCGUUGCCGGCACCGAGGUCACCAUCUGGGACGUGGCCACCGCGCGAGCCAUUGCCACCUACUCGCAUUUUUCCUCCUGCGAGAUUGUCCUGCUGCGGCUCUCCCGCAACCAGCGCCAGGUCAUUGUGGCCAAUGCUCUCGGCGUCAUAUCGGUCUUCAACUACUCGACCGGUGCGCUUGUCCUCUCGUUCCAGGCCUUUGCCUGUGAGCUCCUCUCCUCCGAAAUCUACUUUGGCGCCGGCAAGCCGGUCGAGUCCAAAUACGACCCCAUCACUCCGCCCGACUCCCUGCCCGAGACCGCCGUCCUCUCGUCGGCCUUUGCGCUCGACAACGUCUGCGACCUGUACCAUGUCGGCCAGGACGCACUACUCCUCACCACCACCCAGGGUUACAUCCUCGUUUACGACAUUUCCACACCCGGCGCUGAGCGGGUCAUGUACACCCUGCACUCGUCAAACGAGUCGCAGCAGCACGAUGUCUCGGCCUCGGCCUACUGCCCGCACGUCCGCAUGUUUGCUUGCGGCGGCUCGGGCCUUGCCUUUCACAUCUGGAAGAUGGACACGUACUCGUCGUACCACACCAAGCGCAUCGAGCGCGACAUUACGGCCGCCUGCUUUGCCCACAACAUGGACGCGUUCAUCACCGCCGACACUGGCGCCCGCAUCAUCGUCUACUCGCUCGGCUCCUUCAACGCGCUCUCCACCAUGCAGCUCGGCGCUGAGCUCAACAUCAACAGCCUCACCUACUCGGCGGCGGCCAAGGUCCUCGUCUCCACCCACCAGGAAGCUGUCGACGGCCCGCUCCACGCCAUGUCGUGGUCGCUCAUCGAAAUCGCCCGUGAGCUGUGGUACGCCGUUGAGGCCGCUGAGGAUGUGCGGGCACGGCGCGCCGCCCGCGCCGCAUCGCGAGCCUCCCGCGCCCUUCCGGAGCUUCCGGGUGACUCGGCAGGGGGACCGCCGCCGCCGGCCACAACCACGCCGGCAUACGCGGCGCUGGUGGCUGCCGACGAGUCCGAUGCUCACGCCGACCUCGCACCGGUAGUUCUCUCGCAGGCGCAGGCGUACCUCCGCGGCCUCGACGAUGAGGUGGCGCGGGUGACCGGUGUGCCCAACGAGGCUGACGACGAGGCCGAGUCGGCGGCCGAGGCGCGCGCCCGCCACGAGGCUGCCGUCCGGGCGCGGGUUCAGCGGCUCGCGCGCGGGCGCGGCUUUGGCACCGGCUCGCGAGUUGAGGGCGGCUCGUCGGCCUCCCAGUCGUCGGCGAGCAAGCUCAACCGGGCCCGCUGCCUUCGGGUCACCGACGCCCUGCCGCUGCACGAGCUCCACGGCCGCAGCACACCCGACGACUACCGGAGGGUGGUCGACGAGCGGAGACGGCGGAAGCGCGCCAGCGCCAUUCGCUUUCCGCGGCACGUCUCGGGCGAUCGCAACCAAGUGCUCACCAACCUCAACGCCUUUACCAUGCACGUCUGGCCAGGCUCGAACGAAUACGUGACGGCGGUGGCAGUGUCGGAGCCAGUCCCGGCGCUGCUAUUUGGCACCCAAAGCGGGCGGGUCAAAGCCUACUCUCCUUACGGCGAAUACUACGGCGAGCUGCUGCUCAAGGUCGCCGACCCGGUGUGGGACUUUCCGCUCGACAAGCGCGAGCUCCUGCCGAAGCUUGACGAGGAUGCCCACGAGGCGGUGCUGGUGGAAAAGGUGGCCGAGCUGACGUCGCCAAGUCGACGGCUCGCAUCGCCGCUGCGGGCGGUCUCGGCCCCGCCACCGCGACUUGGAGCCGGCGAGUCUGACGACGAAGGGCAGAGCGAUGGCGACAGGGGAAGCGCGGACGGGAGCGAUGCGACCGGCUUUGUCACGCCCGCACAGCGCGGCGGGAGCCAGCCUCCGGGAGGCGGCGCCACCCUCGAUGCCCAGUAUGCGAGCCACAAGUCGAUGCUUGACGGCGACGACGACGACGCCAUGGCGGUGGUCAUGGCGCUACAGCGACCGUCGAACCGCGGGCGGCGCAAAGUCGAGUACAUGAAGGAGAAGGAGCGGUACAUGGGCGCGCUCUCGCCGUUCUACAACGAGCUCAAGCGCUCGAGCUACCAGCCGCAGGUUGUCCGCCCGUUCUUCCUCCCCAAGUCGUCGACCAACGUUCGCCAGGACGCCAUGAUCCGCGGGCGCGAGUCGAUGCGCUCGACCAACUUUUGGCGCAUGCGUCGCGAGGCCGAGGCCAAGCAGCACGUCAUCGAGGCAAACCCGCUGUGGAAGGAGUACAUGAUGGCCAAGAAGCGGCGGGCGAGCUCACGCAACCAAGUCUACGUCCCCACCUUUGACGGCCGCGCCAAACGGCUCGAGGCCGACGCCGACAAGCCGUGGCGGACAAGCAAGGCGCAGCCGACCGAGUCGGACUUUGGCCAGGAGAAGCGGACCGAGCUCCGCAAGCUCGCCGCAGCUGAUCGGAAGCGGGCACAGGCCGAGGCCGAGGCCGCCAUCCGUAGCGAGGAGGCGGGACGGAAGCGGGCGGCGGUGGCCAAGGCCGCCAAGGCCGCCAAGGCUGCACAAGCGCUGCGCAAAGCGUCGGGCUCCGCCGGUCGCCUUGCCCGCCCUCUCGACGCCGAGAGCCGCUCGCAGCUCACCCGUCAGAACACGCUCAAACGUCUGCAGCGGACACUCGGCGGCAGCCUCUCGUCGCUUAACAAGCGCGAGUCACCCGGCAUGUCAUCGCGCCGGCUGCAGCUCAGCGGCAGUGGCGGCGGGCAGCACUCGGUGAGGGGCAAGCGGCGUGAGCAGCGAAGCCAGAGCCAAAAGGCGUCGCGGCGCAUGUCGCGCCGCGGCGCGCAGUUUGCGGCUCUCAAGAACACGCCGUAGCGCGUCAUCCUCCCGCUUCAACCAAGCGCGAGCUGUGUAUGAUUUACUUGUCGCCGCUACCACCGGCCAGCUCGUAGGCGGCAACCAUGGACCACUCGGAAUGGACGCCGGCAGUGUCCCACAGCUCGAGGCGCGAGACGGUGAACGACUCGCCAUCGUGCUUGGGCCCGAUGGCCGCAGCCAUGCGCUCGCGGCUCUCAAGAUCGAUGUCUGCGUAAACAAGCGAGAGGUG